AUGUCUUUGUACGACGUCAAGGGCAAGAAUGCCAUUGUCACUGGCGCAGGCUCUGGUAUCUGCCUUGCCUUCGCCCAGCAGCUUCUUGAAAAUGGAUGCUCCGUUGUGAUAGCUGAUCUCAAACUCCGCCCCGAAGCAGAGGAUCUCGUUAACAAAUGGGCGACCAUUGAGGGCGAAAAGCCUAACGUCCACUUUCACAAGACUGAUGUUAGCGAUUGGGCCCAACUCUCAUCUCUAUGGGACGCAGCACUUGAGAAGCUUGGCCAAAUCGACAUCGUGUGCAAUGGCGCUGGCAUUUAUGAACCCCCAUCAAGCACGUUCUGGAACCCUCCCGGAAUCUCAUCUCAAUCUGAGGAUAAGGCUGACGGUAGUCCGGGCGUGUACAAGACCUUUGCUGUGAAUGCACUUGGUCCUAUUAGGUUGGCACAGAUUGCCAUGGACUACUGGCUGCAGAAUCGUGAUGUGCAAGGCAACCUCCUUUGGGUCGCCAGUUGUGGAGGAUACUUGCACUCGCUACAGACGCCGCUUUACUUCGCUAGCAAAGCAGCCAUCGUGAGUUUCGUGAAAUCACUGUCGACGGUCCACAAGCGAUUCGGCAUUCGGAACGCAGCCGUCUGUCCAGGUGCCGUGCACACACCCAUAUUUCACCCGGAAUACUGUCGUGACCGAAUGCCACCCGAGACUUUGGGCCUCACCGCAGAGCAAUGUGCCAACGUCAUGUUCCAGGUCCUCACUGAUGAGAAAUACGGCGAUGGAAACAUCGUUGAGACGAUGCUUAUCGGGAACAGAGAGAGUAACUCGGUCAAUGUGCGGGAAGUUCCUAUGGAAGCGUUGUAUCCUACUGUAGUCGCCGAGGGAUCGCACGAUGGUCUUUAUGAAGGGGAGAUGAAGUUGGCGCAACAGCUUGCGGAGAAGGGAAUGAGAGAAUGA